CUCCAUUUGUCAGUUCGUUUCGGUCUCGGUCGUCGUCGGACGGUGAAUGAGGUUUCAGUUUUUCGGGCUAAAAUCAAUCCGCGAGUGAAAUUUUUUUAUUGUGUGUGACCAAAAGAAAGUUUUGACAACUCUCUUCCGGAAACCGAGGAAUCUCUGCCUCCAUCGUUGUUGGCGGAACCCGGCCCAGCGCACCUUGCAGAACUCAACAACUUGACGAAGCGUUUCGCUGAUCAACAGAACUGCACACACACAAAAUCAACCUCCUAACCAAGUCACAAACAGACAGAGCGGAACAGGACAAACUGAUCUACUGAACCAGCACCAACGCCGUCAACAUGUCCGCGAAAGCGAUACGCGAAGCCACCGGCAAGGACAUCAUCAGUCGACACCUCGCGGCCUCCGGUGAGCACGGGGCGGCCAAGUGCCGGUUCGCGUCCGUCGAUGAGACGACACAGUGGCCGCAGCUCGUGGCCGACCAUCCCUGGCUGGAGACUACCCCCCUCGUCGUCAAGCCGGACCAGCUGAUCAAGCGGCGCGGCAAGCUCGGCCUGAUCGCCGUCAACAAGAAGUUCCCCGAUGUGAAGAAGUGGGUGGACGAGCGCAUGGGCAAGGACCAGAAGGUGGGCAACGCGACCGGCAAGCUGCGCAACUUUAUCAUCGAGCCGUUCGUCCCGCACAAGGAUAACGAGGAGGCGUACGUGUGUAUUUACUCGCACCGGACGGCGGACACGAUCCUGUUCUACCACCAGGGUGGCGUGGAUAUUGGCGAUGUGGACGCGAAGGCACUUAAACUGGAGGUACCUGUUGGCACGGAUGUCACCGCUGAAAGCAUCGAGAAGGUGCUGCUGACCGAGGUGGCAGCCGGCAAGAAGAAGCGCAUCGCCAGCUUCGUGUACAAUUUGUACAAACUGUACGUAGAUCUGUACUUUACGUACCUGGAGAUCAAUCCGCUGGUGGUGACGGACAGUGCGAUCUACAUUCUGGAUCUGGCGGCCAAGGUCGAUGCGACGGCCGAUUUCAUUUGCCGUCCAAAGUGGGGCGAGAUUGACUACCCGCCGCCGUUCGGUCGGGACGCGUACCCGGAGGAGGCGUACAUUGCCGAUCUGGACGCGAAGAGUGGUGCCUCGUUGAAGUUGACGAUCCUCAACCGAAACGGGCGGAUAUGGACGAUGGUUGCGGGUGGUGGCGCCAGUGUGAUCUACUCGGACACGAUCUGCGACCUGGGUGGUGCCUCGGAACUGGCCAACUACGGCGAGUACAGCGGAGCACCGUCCGAACAGCAGACGUACGAGUACGCCAAGACCAUCCUGAGUCUGAUGACGAGCAGUCCGAAGCACAAGGACGGCAAGGUGCUGAUCACCGGUGGAGGCAUUGCCAACUUCACCAACGUGGCUGCGACCUUCAGCGGUAUUAUCACGGCACUGCGCGAGUUCCAACAGCGGCUGAUCGAACACAACGUCUCGAUCUUCGUACGUCGCGCCGGUCCCAACUACCAAGAAGGUUUGCGCAAGAUGCGCGAAAUCGGCAGCACUCUGGGCAUCCCCCUCUACGUGUUUGGUCCGGAAACCCAUAUGACCGCCAUCUGCGGCAUGGCCCUCGGCCGAAAGGCCAUCCCCAAGAGCUGCAACGUGCACUUUGCCACUGCAAACUUUUUGCUCCCCGGCGGACAACAAGCGGCGGACGCCGCCAAGAAGGCCUCCGGAGCCGGUAGCAGCAAUGACGCCGUCAACGUGGCCACGCCAACGACACCGACGGUUGCAGCUCCGGCCACGACACCCACCGCAACAACACCCACAUCAUCGGCCAACAACGGUAGUAACGGAGCAUCGGGAACGUCGUCGGUGAAGUAUGCCCACGCCAAGGUCGGUUCCGGCGAGUACCAGCGGAUGUUCAGCAAGGGCACCAAGGCGCUCGUCUGGGGCAUGCAGACGCGGGCCGUCCAGUCCAUGCUGGACUUUGACUUUAUCUGUCGCCGCGACGAACCUUCGGUGGUCGCCAUGGUGUACCCCUUCACCGGGUAUCACAAGCAAAAGUUCUACUGGGGCCACAAGGAGGUGCUGAUUCCGGUCUACUCCAAGAUGUCCGACGCGAUCAACAAGCACAAGGAGGCGGACGUGCUGGUCAACUUUGCGUCGCUCCGUUCGGCGUACGACAGUUCGGUCGAGGUGCUGGACUACCCGCAGAUCCGUACGAUUGCGAUUAUCGCGGAGGGCAUUCCGGAGAAUCUGACCCGCAAGCUGAACGUGGCCGCUCGGUCGAAGAACGUUUCGAUCAUCGGGCCGGCGACGGUUGGUGGGGUUAAGCCUGGGUGCUUCAAGAUCGGGAAUACUGGGGGGAUGUUGGACAACAUUUUGCACUCGAAGCUGUACCGGCCGGGAAGUGUGGCUUACGUGUCGCGAUCGGGUGGAAUGUCCAACGAGUUGAACAAUAUAAUUUCGUUGACGACGGACGGCGUGUUUGAGGGUGUGGCCAUUGGCGGGGAUCGUUACCCGGGGACGACAUUUAUGGAUCACAUUCUGCGGUACCAGGCCGAUCCGGACGCGAAGAUGCUGGUGCUGUUGGGUGAGGUCGGUGGCGUUGAGGAGUACGAGGUGUGCGAGGCGCUUCAGGAUGGUCGUAUUACGAAGCCGUUGAUCGCGUGGUGCAUUGGAACGUGCGCUGGGAUGUUUACGUCGGAGGUUCAGUUUGGUCACGCUGGGUCGUGCGCCAACUCGGACCGCGAGACGGCUACGGCCAAGAACAAGUCGCUGGCGGCGGCCGGAGCGCACGUUCCGGACUCGUUCGACACGCUGGGUGAUUUGAUUGGCUCGGUUUAUGGCGAUUUGGUCAAGAGCGGGGUGAUCGUGCCGGCCGAGGAGGUUCCGCCGCCGACGGUUCCGAUGGAUUACUCGUGGGCGCGCGAGCUGGGUCUGAUCCGUAAGCCGGCCUCGUUCAUGACGUCGAUCUGUGACGAGCGUGGACAGGAGCUGCUGUACGCCGGCAUGCCGAUCAGUGACGUGCUGCAGAAGAACGUCGGCAUUGGGGGUGUGGUGUCACUGCUGUGGUUCCAGCGCUGCCUGCCGCCGUACGUGUGCAAGUUCUUCGAGAUGUGUCUGAUGGUGACUGCGGACCACGGGCCUGCCGUGUCCGGUGCUCACAACACGAUCGUGUGCGCUCGCGCCGGCAAGGAUCUGGUUUCGUCCGUUGUCAGCGGACUGUUGACCAUCGGUGACCGCUUCGGAGGCGCGCUGGACGGUGCCGCCAAGCAGUUCUCGGAGGCGUACGACUCGAACCUGCACCCGAUGGAGUUUGUCAACAGCAUGAGGAAGAAGGGUCAACUGAUCAUGGGCAUCGGACAUCGCGUCAAGUCGAUCAACAACCCGGACAUUCGCGUCAAGAUCAUCAAGGAGUUUGUGAUGGAGAACUUCCCGGCCAAGCCGCUGCUCGAGUACGCGCUCGAGGUCGAGAAGAUCACGACGAGCAAAAAGCCGAACCUGAUCCUGAACGUGGACGGCGUGAUCGCGACCAGCUUCGUCGACAUGCUGCGAAACUGCGGCUCGUUCACCAGCGAGGAGGCCCAGGAGUACAUCAACAUUGGCGCCAUCAACUCGCUGUUUGUGCUGGGCCGCAGCGUCGGCUUCAUCGGCCACUACAUGGACCAGAAGCGCCUGAAGCAGGGCCUGUACCGCCACCCGUGGGAUGACAUUUCGUACGUGCUGCCGGAGCAGUACAACUAAGCUGCGAGCUGCUGAACUAACCAACGUAAACGGGGUCGAAAAGGCUGAACCUGAUAAAGCACAACAAGUUUAGUGAGAGGUUUGUUUUUCAUCGAAUGCAAUUUAUUUGGGGAAAAACACUAGGAGAGAAGAGAGAAAAAAUGCAAGCAGAAUCUCGGCGAAGGAAAAAUUGCGACAAAAAAAGAUGGACUAGAUUAUAGUGAUGAAAAGAUUUCCUACACAAACAAACAAACAAAAAAAAAGGCAAAAUGCACAUCCAACUCAUUCCAUACGAUAGUUUCUGUUUUGUGCGAGCGCGCGAGAGUCCCGUUUUACCCCGUUUAUCUAUCUAUCUUUACUUCAUUCCCACCAAACCCCCCGCUUUUUCCAAUUCCUUCUCGCGGUUUAUCGAACCUGAUAAAUAUGCAUUUAAAACUCUUUCCCUUCCUUUGAUCUAAUCAAACAAAAACUUUACAGACUCUUUCAUUACAAACAAACAAAAAUAUGGUGAGCGAAACAAAAGAAGAGUAAAACAACAGGAUCGCCAUACAAAACAAUCGCAUGAAGAUAUAAGAGAGAGAGACGAACAGAAGAUAAUCUAGACAAACAAACAUUCAACGGAGUGGAAAUUAUUUAAAUUCAAAUCAAACCUAAGUUAUUUUCUCUUAUUUGCUAAGCAUCAUUAUUAGGAGCGUUUUUUGAGGAAGAGCACAGACAAAAUGCAAAAUCGGCAAAGUUUAUAGUUUCUAGCAAAGGGGAUCUCUGUGUGGAAAGGAAAAAGCGAAAAAAAAUCGAAGAGAUCCGUACAAGUUUCGUUCAUUUAGGUUAGACACUAUUUUCCUCCCCCCUCUAUUUAGUUUUGUGGUUUCUUUUUUUCCUUUACACUUUCACACUUUUUCCGUUCAUUCAUUUCGCGUUAGGAGGAAACUAAUAAUUUUUGUUUAUUUUUUUUUUGCGCUAAUUUUAGUAGACGAAUUAGUUUUGUACUAAAGAUUGUCCCAAACCCUAGACUCGGCAGGAUGUAUCAUUGAUUUAAACUGUUUUUGUUUUGUAAGCGAAAAUCAUUGAUUUUUACAGUUUUAUUGUAAUAAACUGAUGAACAUUCUUCUUCGAACAA